GCAGACACCAGCAGCACUGCCUUGAGAAUUCAAUUGAUUUUUUGUUGCUGCUGAGGCCAUGAUGGAAGUGAUGCACCCAGGUCUGCCUGAGGAGCAAGUGGUGGAGCAGCCUCUGUCGUGGCAGCCAGACGAAACGGCUACUAGUACUGGUGAUGGUAGCAGCAGCAGCAGCAGCAGCAGCAGUGAUGAAAACAAUGAUGUACCAGAAAAGAGUGUUUACUUUGAUAAGAAUGAAGGUCCUACACUCCAGUUGUCUCUUUCAGGCGAAAACCUGGGGCUGGAAGAUCUGGACAUUCCAAAACUCAUUAACACUGUCGUCAACAACCAAAACCCGGGAGACCUUAAGGAUAAGAUCGUGUCUGGUCUGAGUGUUCCAAAGUUGGUUUCAACAUCAAGAGAAGAAGAAGAAAAUAUAGGCACAAGCACUGGUAGAGUAAAGGAGAAGGUAAAGAUUGAUAUAGAGGAAGAAAGUGAUGAGGAGGUCAUAGAGUUGGAAUUCGAGAGGGCCGUGGAGAAAGUUCACACACAUACUGCAUACUGUCCUAAUUGCAGUUCUCAGAUUACCAAGGUUGUCCUUCGUAGAAAGAUACGUGGAAGCAGGACACGGUCUACAGGAGAUGGAGAUGGCCAUCGUCGUGAUAAGCCAGUUGACCUGCUUGGAUGCUUAGCCUGUUUCAGCAUUUUCAUACCCUCAGGGAACGGUCUGAAUCCAUUCCGUAUCUUUGGAGGGAAAGGGAAACACGAAAGCCCACAAACUGUACAAGAGCAGCCCGCAUCAGGUGCCAGCCUUUCUGCAGUUGCAGGGGGUUCCACCAAUGCAGGCGGGAGUACGACUGUUACACAAGGUGGAUUUGAUCUGUUUUGGAUGUUUAGGAAGAGAGGAGAGAAAGACAGCGCACAGGAAUCAAAAGGUAAAGAACAGAUCAAGCACGAUGGUGGAAGCAAAAAUGAAGAAGAACAUUUCAAUGAUGAGUCAGGUGAAAGGCUGCCUGUCUCCAGUUCUCAUGCUCCUCUGCUGCAUGGAAGAUUGGCAUCAACUCAUGAAACAAAUGAUGAGAAUAACGGAAGUCUUGAGAAAUCAACCGGAGCACUUCCUGGCUUCAGUUUGCGUGUUCCUCUACUGCAUGGAUUAUCAUCUGCUGCUGAUAAAAGCAACGACGAAAAUGGAAGUGGUGGAGAUGUAGCAAUUGAGAUCAGAGAUGAAAUUGGGGCUCAUACUCAAAUGCCUGAGGAAGAAAGGCCUGUCGAAACAAGAACUGAGCAAGGCAGAGAGAUUAAUGUGAGCUCUGGUGGUCGAACAGAAGCAAUCUCUGGUGCUGGUCGUUCCCAAUCACUGGAGAUCUUGAAAUGCAUUGUGUAUGGAGGCCUACUGGAGACGAUUGCGAGCUUGAGUGUCGUUUCUUCUGCAGCUGCCUCGGAUGCCACAACAUUGAACACAAUCGCCAUUGGAUUAGCAACUGUAGCCAGCGGCCUGCUCGUUUUUGGUCAGAAUCUUAUGGACUUGAAAAACUACAACUCUGGAGGGGACUCAACCCAGAGCACUGAUAAAUACCAAGAACUACUAGGAAGAAGGGGCCAUUUUCUAUUCCAUGCAACAUUUGCUAUACUAUCAUUCAUUCUCUUUGGUCUAGUACCUCCCAUCGUUUAUGGGUUCGCAUUCCGUGAGAGCGACAAUAAGGACUACAAGAUUCUGGCAGUUGCAGCAGCUUCUUUCACGUGCGUUUUCGUUCUUGCUAUUGCAAAAGCUUAUGUGAAACAUGCAGAAAAGUUCACCGACUACAUUAAAACCAUACUAUACUACAUCACGAUGGCGAUCUCCGUCUCAGGGGUUGCAUACGCAGCAGGAGAUCUCUGCCAAAUGCUCAUGGAUAGGUUUGGCUGGUUCAACUUCCAACCAAAUCCAGCAGCUCCUUCUUUUGUGCCUGACAUGAUUUCAGCCACUCCAGCCUGGGCUUCCUAUUGAUCUUUCUCAGAGUCUUGUAACUGGAAUCUGGUUUUUCCUUUUUUUAUUAUGUGCUGCCUCAGUUUUUCGUCCUCUGAAUCUUGAACCAGCACAUUGUUGCUGUUGUGGAAUAAUGGUCUGUUUGUUAUGAAUAAAUUUGUGAAGUUUCCCUGUUUUUGGAAUUUCUGAAUGAAUCUUGAAAUGUUCUACAAUGAGAAACCAGUAUAGUCGAUAGAGCUUGAUCAGGCAGCAUAAAUAGGUCAGAUAAUGAUAGUACAUUGAACAAUCAAUCAUAUGUCUAAACAGAGAAAUCUUUCAGACAAAACUUGUGGACCGUUCAGAUUUCUGAUUGCAAAAAUCCAAACCAAAAUUGAUUAAUAAUGGGAUGCAGUGGCAUGAAGGUGGUUUUGGCAAGCUACAAGGUGAAGUGGUGAAGACUGUAUUAUAUGCACCAACCGUAACUCCAAGAAUUCAUCUGUCACGUGUAUCUCUCCUCCCUCGAUGGACUAAUGAACGUCAGCCACCACCUCGCCAGCCUCUCCCACGACUUCCAUCGGUACUGUUUUGCCCCUCAAGGUUCUGGGCAAGAAGAGCAGCUUCAUCACGUGAAUUACUAUCAAAUUCACACCUCAACAUUUGUCUUCGGGACGUUCUUUCUUUGCAGAAAUUAAUGUUGUAUGCAACAGAAUCAAGAUGGACUAUAAUGAAAUAAUUUACUUGAAAGAAAUAUGAACCGAGUGUGAUACAUCAAAUAAGAAUUAUACCACAUCAACACUAUGUAUGUCUGGCUGUUGCUAUGGGUUAACUAUCACUCAUGUAGAAACAUGCAUUGUCACAGUAGAUCCACGCUCCACUCUAGGGAUGAUAAUGAUGACAUCAAAUUGUGAUUCAUCUGUUAAUGCACCACAACAUGGCAAUCUGCUUUCUUGCCAAGAAUUCCACAUGAACUGCCCUAAUAGGGGCUCUUAUAUAUACCAAGAAUUGAAUAAGAUCUAAUAUGGCUGCCAGGGCUCAAAUGAAUGUUUCAG